AGCUUCUGGGUUUCCACAGAACAGAGACUUUCUCAAUAGUUCCUUUGUAUGCAGAGAAAGAAAUGACCGUAGAGCAUAGAAUGGAGGAUUCCAGUGACCAGUUUCCCAUUGGAAUGCGUGUUCUUGCCGUCGACGAUGACCCCACUUGCCUCUUGGUUUUGAAAACUCUCCUUCGAAGAUGUCAAUAUCAUGGUCUGCUUCUUUUGCUCUGAAUCUUCCUUAUUUGUUAUUCUCGAUUUGGGGUUUUUAUUUGUACUUUGUUCAUUUUUAUUUUGAGGUUCUGUGUCAAAAAAAUGUUUUUUCGGUUGUUCUUCGAUGUUUUCUAACAAGGGGAGCUUCUAUUAGUGAAAUUUUUUGUUUGUAGGAUCUUUCAGUUCAGGUUUUCGGUCAACCCCACUCCAAUAUGUUGUCGAGUUUUCAUUUUUCUUCAUAGUUUUUAGUUUUAUGUUGUUUCUGAAAUGUUGGUUGAAUUGUUCUACUUCUUGUGGUAGUUUCUGUAAUAGGUUACAAAAGUCUGAAGCUUACCCUUCGUCUUUUCUUGUUUAUUUAUUCUCUUGGUUUUGCUUCUUUUUUGUCUGUUAUUGCUUGUUUUUCGAUGUGGGAUCUAACUAUUUCUUCAGGAUUUGUGAUUUUCUUAGAUGAGCAUUCUGCAUUUGUUUUUGUGUUCUGGAUGUGUAUGCAAUGUGCUAGUUUGCUCUUUCAGAAUGAUAAUUCUCUUAGCUAUGGCCGAGAGUGCAGUAAUCACGACUAGUCAAGCAAGAACAGCGUUGGCGCUGUUGAGAGAAAACAAGGACAAGUUUGACCUUGUAAUCAGUGACGUGCACAUGCCAGACAUGGAUGGAUUUAAGCUUCUUGAGCUUGUUGGACUUGAGAUGGAUCUUCCUGUCAUAAUGUUGUCUGCAAAUGGUGAUACGAAGCUAGUGAUGAAGGGGAUUUCUCAUGGAGCCUGCGAUUAUCUGCUGAAACCAGUGAGAAUGGAGGAGUUAAAGAAUAUUUGGCAGCAUGUGAUUAGGAGAAAGAAGUUUGAUUCAAAGGAGAAAAACAAAACCAGCAACCUUGACAAACCUUCUGAUAGUGGCAAUGGACUAGGGUCAGCAGGAGCAGGAAAUUCAGAUCAAAAUGGAAAGAUGACUAAAAAAAGGAAGGAUCAGGAUGAAGAUGAAGAUGAGGAGCAGGAGAAUGGUCAUGACAAUGAGGACCCAUCUACCCAGAAGAAGGCACGGGUAGUUUGGUCUGUGGAGCUGCACCGCAAGUUUGUUGCUGCUGUUAAUCAGCUAGGCAUUGACAGUAUGUUCUUCACUCUUCUACAACAUAAAACAAUUGUUAUAUUUUUUUAUCAGUGUCUUCAUGAGUUUAUUCAAAUCGUUUUGCUGGCAGAGGCUGUACCUAAAAAAAUUCUUGAUUUGAUGAAUGUUGAAAAGCUUACGAGGGAGAACGUGGCAAGCCAUCUCCAGAAAUAUAGGCUAUAUUUGAAAAGAAUUAGCUGCGUGGCCAACCAACAGGCUAAUAUGGUGGCGGCCUUAGGGGGUGCAGAUUCAUCAUAUUUGAGAAUGGGUUCUGUGAGUGGAGUUGGACAUUUACAAACAUUGAGUGGUUCUGGACAGUUCCAUAACAAUACUUUCCGAUCCCUUCCACCUGGUGGGAUAAUUAGUAGAUUGAACACUCCUGCUGGUUUGAAUGUCCAUGGAUUUCCAUCUUCUGGAGUGAUUCAGUUGGGUCAAUCACAAAAUUUGAACAACUCCACCAAUGAUCAUCUUAAGUUCCGGUCAGCCAUAGUUUCUGUUAAUCAGAAUGGUGUUCAGGGAAUGCCAGUGUCUGUAGGGCUUGAUCAAAUGCAAAACAAUAAGGGUGUUAUGUCUGUUCAAAACCUGACUGCUGUUUUUGAUGCCAAAACAACUUUUCCCAUCUCAAAUAAACUCCCUGAUCCACGGCCAAAAAUAACCGCCUCUGGCCCUCACACUCCGCAUCUCGGUAUCUCAAACAAUGCUUUGACAUUAGAACCACACCCUCAAGGCACACAAGGGGGUAUGAGAUAUGAAAAUUCUUCUUCAGUAGCACCUCAACAUUCAGAAUUUUCUUUGGCUUUGCUGGAUCAAGGUAGGUAUACUGAUAAUUGGUCAAAUGCGGUGCAGCCAUCUGUGAUCCAGACAAAUACUUACCCUCCAAGUGAAAGUUUUAGACAGACAGAUAUACCUCCAACAGACAACACGGCUUCUUUGCCCUUGCAAGGGGGGAAUCCAAGUGUUCCAUCCAUCACUUCAAUGUCUAGGCAACCCCAUGAUUCAAUGGCAGAUAUGCACUCUGAAGGAGUGAAUUUUACUAAUAGACCUGCACAUAUAAGCAGUAAUAUGCCAUUUCAAGGGUGGGAUGACCAUAAUCAGGGUGCUACUUACCAUUCAAAUAUCAUAUGUGGAUCAAUAAACACACUGACUCCAGUUAAUGGUGCUGCUGUUCCAGCAGGUCAAACUCCAACAAUCUCAACCUUACAGAGAAACUUGGACUUCAAUUUUUGUGAUCCCUUACAAAUGAAGCACGAUGAGUUUGUGGAGUCAACUGAAGAGACCUCAUUGAAACAACAUCGGGGAAAUAUCAUCAACCAUCAAAAGUCUCAACAAAAUUGCUUCUCUAAUACUCUUGGUUCACUGGAAGACUUGGUCAGUUCAAUGAUGAAGCAGGAGCAAGAUAGGAUGAAAUUAUUGAAUGGAGACCUCAUUUGCGAUAAUUACUCUGGUGGGGUAUCUAUGUGAUAACAGGUUCAUGCCAUCCUCGUUGAUGAAUUUUGUAGAAUGACAAGUCUCACUUCGUUGUGUUUAUUGUUUAAGCAGUUUUGUCUUCUUGUAGUUAUAUAGGGUUUAGCUUCUCUAGAUUUCUUCCAUUAAGGGCUUUUCUUGUUUUAUACAAAUGCAUUGUUGUCCACGGGUUCACCCAUGCAUUAUGGAGUUAUUAAUCGCGUCGUUUAAUUUACGUAGAUAUGUUGGCCAGCAAAUUUAUUAGGGAUCCAUAAAUAAGAUUAUAAUGACUAUGAUGACAAUAAACACUUAUUCCCCCAUUUAUGCUUGGAAGUACUUUGUCCCACUAAAAUGUAUGCAUUUAAUGUAACUCGUUGUUGUAGCAAUAAAUGCAAUCUUGUGUGGCAUGCAACAUCACAUACUUUUAUAUAUACAUACAUGUGUUUGGAUU